AUGGCAACAAGCACAAUGUCGCGCCCGUCGCAACCAGGACCAAAGCGAAAGAGGGAAGCGCGUACAGACAUCUGGUCAAACCUCCUGCGCCAAACGCGAGAAGCGCAGGCUCGAUCCCGAACUCAGGCACUUCAGCAUCGCGAACUCAUUGUUUGUGGAGGUUCACCAGAAGACCAGCGCUCGUUCGUACAGAGUAUCUCGCGGCCGCCACCGACUCAGCCUCCUUCGAGAAAUCAGGAACGAAAACAGCAACAAAGACCGAAGGGAGAGCUGAGAUUGAGUAACAAAUAUGCGUACGGCUACGGCCAUGUAACGCUCUACUCUCCGCCGCAGCAGAGCGGAACUGGAGUCCAAGUCUUGGGCACAGAACCAGAAGAGGUGGCGCAGUUGGAGAUACAUACGCUGCCUGAGGCGAACGAGGAAUAUGUACCAACUCUGAGGCGGCUACUUGUGAAGCCCAAAGGGGAAGCAGAAGAUGCAAUGAACGGGGAGAUGAUUGACGGUGAGAAGGAAAAGGAAGAUGAAGACGCAACGUCGCCCGGAAUCUGUAUAAUGCUGAGCUGGAAAGAGCCAUGGAAGUUCUUGGACCAGUUGAGAAGAUGGAUGCAAGUGCUGGCAAAAGCGCUGCUGCAACCUGGAACGCCAGCUACAGAUCCCAUGGACGUAGUCAAAGAUGCACAGCUGGGGAUCACAGUGGUUGUACAGCACACAGAGUCACAAGAAGACCUUCUGCGGGAUAUGUACAAAGAGGAGGACUUCGACUACAUCUCACAAUGUCUACGGACAGCACUGCUACCUCUGCAUCCGCUGAGCGCACUGGUAUAUACAACCUCGUCAACGCCGCCCCAACAACCUGGCAGUCCUUUGAGCGAGGUUCAGAAGGUCGUCUACAGUUCCAUAAGAUUGAACGUGUCUGCUUUGAACCUCAAGCAGCCUCGCUCAGGAGACAGCGCGAAGAAAGAGGAGCUGGGUCCCAAGCACGAAUUUAUGGACCGCAUGGCCAUAGUAAUUCCUGCAGGAUGGGACAGUGCAGCCUUCAUUCGGACGCUGAGCGAGAACUUUGCUCCAGAGGACGUCCUCAACGCAUGGCUAGUGGACCUGCAACCUCCGCGGGCACCCAAACCACAGCCACAGCCUCAGACAGAAGAACCGUCGUCAACGGAUCCAAAAGCAUUGAAGCAGACCAAUGGCGGCGCAGAAGUCUACGAAAGUUCGCCUGUCGAUGAAGCCGCUGACGACGAUAUUGCCGAACCUCCGCUCUCACCAUCUAAGAUGCCGCCUUCGGCCGUGAUCGCUUACGAAUCUCGAAUACAGGAUCCACAAGCGCAUAAACAGCAGAAACCUCCACAGAUCGAAGUCACGACGAAGCCGGAUCAAAUAUUCUUGUCGGAGAUGCGUGAACACCUGCAACAGCUCGAAUCUCAAGACCGGGAACGAGAAGCUGCCGGUGGCCGAUCUGGCGUCUCCAAUACGAGUCUGUCAACGGUCCGUGUGGUCGGUCUACCCAGCGGCGAACAGACAGGAGCUCUGAAUGAGCUGGGCGACGUCUCUUUCAAUGUGGGCGGAGUCAGCUACGACACUAUCAGUGCAGAAGCUGCGAUCGAGAGGUUGAAGCGGCCACCACCGACAGAAGCGCAAUCAUCACUAUCACCGACAACGAGAACUUCCACGCCCAAGCCUCCCCGACCUCUUCGUGAUACCAGCGGCGAAGAGAGGAGACCCUCUGCUGAUCGCGGGACGCCCCGCGAGUCCGCUUCGACAAGCUCUAGGGCUGCAUCUUCGGAAAGCAAAGAUCUGCCGAUUGAUAAACUGGAGGAGUACUUCCAUUCGUUGAUGAAGAAGGGUGGCGGGAGCAGUCGCGAUGUCACACCUACGAAGCCCAGAGAGUGA